AUGACAGCAGUAACACAUGCGCCAAAACGGCUCGAUCUUCAAGGGUUACGAUGUAUAGCCAUAGUAGCGGUACUGCUGUUCCAUAUAUGGCCAAAACGGUUCCCGAAUGGCUACCUGGGUGUAGAUAUGUAAGGUUUAUGACAUUUUUUGCAGUUGUAAGGCAUUUUAGAUAUCUAUUCGGUGAAAGAUUUUCAGUGCAAAAUGUACUAAAAAUUUUCCAUCGAAUUUCCACUUCUAAAAAGCGUCAAAAAAGCCAUUUUUAGGCUAUUUUAACACUUUUUAAAAAUGAAAGUUAAGUGGAAGAUUUUCAGUGCAAAAUACAUUACAAAUCUUCCACUUAAAUUUCACUUUUUAAAACCAAUUUUUUAGCUACUUAAUGAAAAUUUUUCUUUUUUUAGUACAUUUUUGCUAUUUCGUAGCUCUAGUACAGCCUAAAAAUAACAAACUUUUAGGUUUUUUGUGCUAUCAGGCUACUUAAUGUACACUAUACUAUCAGCAAAACCUUUAAACACAGUUACUAUUACUGACUUUUACUAUCGUCGUAUCAAGAGAAUCAUACCAACGUAUCUAUUUGUUAUUAUUAUGUCACUAACUAUUGGUUUUAUUGUGUUCACAUCAAGAGAGUAUGGCUAUCUGGUCAAGGAGUCAUUGACUGCAGCAACUUUAACUUCGAAUAUGUUGAAUCUACCUGAAAAUGGCUACUUCAAGAUCAACAAUGAGUUCACAUUGUUCUUGCAUACAUGGUCAUUGUCAGUAGAGUUCCAGUUCUACCUGAUCUGUCCCAUUCUGUUUGGCACUCUGAGUUGUUUGAGUGAUAAGAAUAAGUUUAAUGGAAUAUUGUUCUGGCUGGUGGUUGCUGUGACUUCAUUUGCGUUUCAGUGGUAUUAUACUUAUGGUAGGUUUUAGUUAUAACGUUAGUAGGGAUAAAACAAAGUCAAGGAACGGUACGGUGAGUAGAGUAGAGUAUAAUAGAAAAAGUUAGUAGGGUUAGGAAAAAGCCAAGUUAGGGCAGGGUUGGGUAGGGAAAAGUAGAAAAGGUUAGUAGGGCGAAGGUAAAACCAAGUUAGGGCAGGUCGGGGGAACUGUAGGAAAGAAUAGGGUAGGGUAAGGCAAAGUCAUUGUAGGGUAGGGUUUGUUUAAAGGUUUAAAGGUUUAUUAACAUAUUUUCUACGCUAUACAAUUACAAUUUAUGGUCUGCGAAAUGUAGAUGUAGUUAGAUUAGAAAAAGUUAGAACUCACACCUUUAAGCCUGAAAUGACAUUGUUAAUCCUAAUGUAACAUUUUUAAGUUUAAAAUGACAUUCUUAAGCCUAAAAUGAUAUUUUUAAGCCAAAAAUUACAUUUUUAAGCUUACAUUGACAUAUGAAAGCCUAAAACUAAGAAGCUUUAGUAGGGUCAGGGCAAAAGAAGGUAGGAUAAGGAUGCGUAGGUUAGGUUGGGGUAGGGUAGAAAACCUUAGAGUAGGGCUAAACAAAAAUUAAGUUAGGUAUAAGUGGUACUGUAGAAAAGAAUAGGAUAGAGUAGGUAAAAGAAGUUGUAGAGAAGGGUAAGGUUGUGAAAGUUAUACGUGACAUAUUUAAGCCUAAAAUGACACUUUUAUACCUAAAUUGAUCUUUUAAGCCUAAAAUAACAUCUUUAGACCUAAAAUGCUCUCUUAAGACUAAAGUAACAUUAUUAAUCUUAAAAUGGCACCUUCAAACCUAAAAUGAUAGUUUAAGCUUAAAAUGAUCUUUUAAGCCUAAAAUAACAUUUUUAGCCUAAAGUGGGAUUAUUAAGUCUAAAAUAACUUUCGUAAGUUUAAAAUGACAUUUAAGGCGAAACCCAGGGAGGACAGGGCAGAAAACUGUAAAAAAUGGUAGGGCACGGUAAGGCAAAGUCAAUGUAGGGUACGGAAAAAUGCGUUAGUUAGCCUAAGACAAAGCCAAACUAGGCUAAAGGAAAACUAAGCAGAACUCAGGUAUAGCUAGGAUAAAGUGAAACUCAGUAUAAUUUCCCAAGUUAUGGUAGGGUAGGGUAAAGGUCUAGUACAACUUCUUUAUUCAGAACGAAACAUCUCCCACAUGAGCCUGCCAGCCAGAAUCUGGCAAUUCUUCUUUGGUUUUGCUGUGGGCAUGGCUAGAGCGAUGCAGAAUGACAAUGCUUAUGUAUCACUGGACGGAAAGCAAACCCAACCAGCCUUUAAUACCUAUUACACUAAGUCGGCCAUAACCCUGUUUGUACUACUACCAAUACUACUCAUGCCAGAUUACAUUGAUGCUGUGGUAUUACGAGUUUUGGCUACUUUGGUAACAGCCAUUGUCAUCUACGAUGCUGGUGAUAGUGUUUGUUCGAAUUCGUGUGUUGUUUGGAUUGGUGACAUUUCCUAUUCGGUGUACUUGGCUCAUUGGCCUAUCAUCAAGAUUUUAGAGUAUAAUAUUGAUAAAAACGAUGGUGGUUUUACUCUAGUUCGUAUGUUUUUAAAGAUUGUUUUUAAGCCUAAAACGUCUUUUUUAGAUAAAAAUGACAUAGUUUAGCCUAGAUCGACACUUUUAAGUCUAAAACUUAAAAUGACCCUUUUAAGCCUUAAAUGACAUUAUUAAGCUUAAAAUAGCACUUGUAAGCCAAAAAUGACAGUUACCUAAAAUAACCCUUUAAGCUUAUACUGACACUUUUAAGCUUAAAAUAAAACUUUUAAGCCUAAAAUGAAAUUAUUAAGUUUAAAAGGACAUUAUUAAGCCUAACAUGACAAUUAAUCAUUUUUAAGCCUAAAUUGACAUAUGUAAGCCUAAAUGACACUUUUAAUUUUAAAAUGAAACUUUUAGGCGUAAAAUGACGUUUAUGAGCCUAAAGUGAUAUAAGUGUAAAUGAGAUUUUUUAUUUUUUAAAAUUUUAAAAAAUGUAUCUUUUAACCCAAAAAUGACACUCUUAAGCCGACUGUCUAAAAUGGCAUUUUUAAAACUUAACGAGUUUUCUGGUCUAAGAUGACAUUUAAUACCUAAAAAAACAUUUCUAAACCUAAAAAGACAAUUCAAGCCUAAUCCCCACCCUUUACCCGGUAUUCAUCGUUUCAGAAGGCCUAUUUAUAAUAAUGUCAUCAAUUCAAAUUGGAAAUUCGAUUGAAUCUUGCUUUGGCAAACUCAAUCAGCACAUAACGUCAUGGUCAAGACUACUACUAGUACUACUGGCACUAUACUCAACUUUACUCUCUUCUCAAUUCUAUAUCUACCAACGUAUACCAAAUACAAAAAUGGUACAAAAUGGUACACUUUUGAGUUGGAAUGACCCAAAUUACAUUAAUUUUGUCGAUAAAAUGUACCAAAAAAGAGAUAGAGCUCUAAAUAUGAGUGUGCCAGAGCUGGUGCAGUUUAACCAAGGCAUGAUUGAUUACAUCGACAAUUACUUUCCAUUAUGUAAGAACGAAAGUAUGAAAAAGUACCCAGAUCAGAAGUGGUGGUACAUAAAGUAUCAUUUUGCAUGUAGUGUGGAUGUAAGUGGGCGAAAACUUUGUUUACAAGACAAAAAAUGGUCAAAACUUUCUUUACAAACUAAAAAUUGGCAAUAAUUUCCUUUCCAGCACGAAAAACGGCCAGUUCAAACUUAGUUUCGGAAGUGAAAGCUGAGUGGAAGAUUUGUAAUGUAGUUUGCACCGAAAAUCUUCCACCCCAACUUCCACUUUUAAAAUGUCUUAAAAUGACCUUUGAAAACUUUUUUGAAGUGCAAGUUUGAUGGAAGAUUUUCAGUACAAAUUACAUUACAAAUCUUCCACUCAACUUCUACUCCCAAAACUGCUCAAAAACAUGUUUUUAGGCCAUUUUAACAUUUUUUGAAAACGGAAGUUUAGUGGAAGAUUUUCACUGCAAAUUACAUUGCAAAUCUUCCACUCGACUUCCACUUUUCAGAAACUUAAAAAACUGGCAAAAAAUCUCAUUACAGGGUCAAGGAGACAAAGAAAUAGUGUUGAUUGGCAAUAGUGUGGCCAGAGACAUUUUCUCUGGUUUCAAACAGUUAUGGAAGAGUAGAUAUAAGCGGUUGACUAUAGUUGGAGAGUCACUUGUUGUGCCAUUUCGUACCAGAAAUUAUACCAAAGGCAACAAGUACAUUAACUUGCUGAAGCGAUGGGAUCGGCCCAUUGACAUUGUCAUUGUUCAGCAUUCGUGAGUUUCUAGGAUUAAGGCUAGGGCUCUGGGCUAGGGCUCCGGGCUAAGGCUAUGGCUAGGGAUCUUGGCUAAGGCCUAGACUAAAAAUGCCAUUUCAGAUACUUUUACAUUCCGAAAGAGUAUGAACACGGUAAUAUGGCUGAUAACAUGAACUUCUUUUACAAAGAGCUGCAACCGCUAGUAAAAGAAGUAAUAAUGUUAGGAAUGCCUGAGGUUUGGUCAGCUCAAAACCAACAAAAAUUGUUCAAAGUUAUCGAAAAACAAGAAGAUUAUAAUGCAAUCAGCGUUGAUUGGAAAGUAAGUUGUAUGAAAAUCAAUAAAUUUUGUGGCAUUCCGCAACAUAAUUUUUAAAAUCAAUACAUUUUGUGAUAUUCCGCAAUAUUAUUAAUAAAAUCAAUACAUUUUGUGGCAUUUCGCAACAUCAUUAAGAAAAUCAAUAAAAUUUGCAGCAAGCUGCAACAUUUUAACAAAAUUAAUUAAUUUUGUGACUUUCCGCAAUAUCAUUAAGAAAACCAAAAAAAAUUGUGACAUUUUGCAACAUAUACAAUAAAACCAAUAAAUUUAGUGACAAUCCGCUAAAUUUUUAAAAAACCAAUAAACUUUGUGGCAUAUCGCAACAUUCCUUUUAAGAUGGUACAACAAUAUUCUUUUAGGCCCGCAAAGCUCUCUAUGCCAACAAACUCAAAAUGGUGCUAAAUUUGAAAUGCGAAAAAUGUUUACCGGUCGAUUUUUGUCGCUCAAUUUGUUCAAAAAUAACUGGAAAAUGCUACAGUAUUCUGCCGAAUGGCAUCAUGGUAUUCAGAGACUUCAUUCAUACCACGCUGAUCGGAAGCUUUUUGUACGCUCAAGAGUUUAUUGACCUUUAUAACAAUAAAUAUGGUUGAUGACAGUUUGAAAUCAUAGCCUAGCGCUUGCCCUACAGCCUCAGUUCUAGCCUAGCUCACUCUAACUCGGUUUCAGUUCUGUGCCAGCUCACUUUAACUCGGCUCAGCCCACACCAGUUCAAGCUAGCACGAGCCAGCACAACCCUGCGCUGAUCUGCCCUCUCUUUUCCAGCCCAGUCUAUCCCAGCUCAUUUCAGCUCAGCUCAGAUUAA